AUCGUUGCUAAAGUUUGUUCACUCAUUGUUUACCUCGGAAGAAGCCCGUGGUAUACGUACAUGCCAGCACACAAAAAUAAUAUACACGGAAUUAUAUAAAAGUAAACUCAAGUUUAUUCUUUACAUGCAUAUACUUCACUCAAAUUUUCAUAUACUUGUGCAUUGUCACGAAACAGUAAGAGCUAGAAGAUAAGGAAUAUAUGAUCUCCUUUUAAUUUCUGCAACAAGAAAAAUGUUUAAAACUAUGAUCGAGUUUUAAUCGUUCUAUGUGACAGUGAAACUGAAAUCAAGCUUAAGAAAUUACGUAAAACAACAAAAAAUAUAAUGAGUUGUAUGAUUUAAUUUCCAAACUACAUUUGCCGCAAGUAAAAACUCACGGUAUUUUAUUUGAAUCAUGUUUAGAAACAAGGCAAUAUAAUUUGACAAAAUCAUAAAGAAAUGUAUUGAUUAUCAUGAAUAAAAUGCUCCAAUGGUCAGUAUUAGCUCCUACUUUCAUUAAAAAACUAGUAUCAAUGUUAGAAUUUUGACCGAAUGUUAAAUAACUAACGCCUGUGAUAAGAGCUCAUAUUUUCAUUAGCGUAUUUAUAAAACAUAAAUAAUAUAACUCAAAAGUAAUAUACUUGCUUAAGAUUUUGAAUUUAGAUGUGAUUCGUUCGAUAGCAUGACCGCCCAGUAUCAAUUGGAUUCAUUGUUGCAGAAAUGCAGGUCUCUGAUUAGCAUGAAGCAGCUCCAAGCGCAUCUCAUAACAACCGGAAAAUUCCAAUUCCACCCUUCCCGGUCAAAGCUCCUCGAGCUCUGCUCCAUCUCCCCCGCCGGCGACCUCUCCUUCGCAGGCCAAAUUUUCCGGCGAAUCCAGACCCCUUCCACCAACGACUGGAACGCCGUUCUCCGAGGCCUGGCCCAAAGCCCAGAACCGAUGCAGGCCCUGUCAUGGUACCGCGCCAUGUCACGCAGUCCCCAAAAGGUGGACGCUUUGACGUGCUCCUUCGCCCUCAAGGGCUGUGCGCGCGCAUUGGCCUUUUCCGAAGCCACCCAGAUUCAUUCUCAGCUUCUGCGUUUUGGGUUCGAAGCUGAUAUAUUGUUGCUGACCACUUUGUUGGAUGUGUACGCCAAAACCGGUGAUCUUCAUGCUGCCCAUAAGGUGUUUGAUAAUAUGCAAAAGCGAGAUAUUGCUUCGUGGAAUGCAAUGAUCUCUGGGUUGGCUCAAGGAAGCCGACCCAAUGAGGCUAUAGGUUUGUUCAACAGAAUGAAGGAAGAGGGGUGGCGACCUAAUGAGGUAACUGUUCUGGGUGCACUCUCCGCUUGUUCACAAUUGGGUGCUUUGAAACAUGGGCAGAUUAUUCAUGCCUAUGUUGUGGACGAGAAGCUAGACACUAAUGUGAUUGUUUGUAACGCAGUUAUUGAUAUGUACGCAAAAUGCGGCUUUGUUGAUAAGGCUUAUUCCGUGUUUGUUAGCAUGAGCUGCAAGAAGAGUCUUGUCACAUGGAACACUAUGAUCAUGGCGCUUGCGAUGAACGGUGAUGCCAAUCAGGCGCUUGAGCUUUUGGAUAAGAUGGCUGCGGAUGGAGUGGAUCCUGAUGCGGUGUCUUAUCUUGGCGCAUUGUGUGCAUGCAACCAUGCUGGCUUGGUGGAAGAAGGGGUUAGGUUGUUUGAUAUGAUGAAGGGGUAUGGAGUGAAACUUAAUGUUAAGCAUUAUGGGAGUGUGGUUGAUUUGUUAGGUCGAGCAGGAAGGAUAAAAGAGGCGUGUGACAUCAUAAACUCAAUGCCUAUGGUUCCUGAUGUGGUGCUCUGGCAGAGUUUGCUUGGGGCUUGUAAGAUUCACGGGAACGUGGAAGUGGCUGAGAUGGCAUCAAGGAAGCUGGUGGAGAUGGGAUCAAACCAUUGUGGGGAUUUUGUGUUGUUAUCGAAUGUUUAUGCAGCGCAACAGAGAUGGUAUGAUGUUGGGAGGGUGAGGGAGGCCAUGAAGAUCAGGGAUGUGAGGAAGGUGCCAGGAUUUAGUUACACAGAAAUUGAUGGUAGUAUCCACAAGUUUGUGAAUGCUGAUCAGAGUCAUCCGAGUUCCAAAGAGAUAUAUGCAAAACUUGAUGAGAUCAAGUUCAGGAUUAAAGCAUAUAGAUAUGAAGCAGAGACUAAUCUUGUGCUGCAUGAUAUUGGGGAGGAAGACAAAGAGAAUGCGCUUAAUUAUCACAGCGAGAAGUUGGCAGUGGCAUAUGGUUUAAUUAGUACAGGUGAUGGAACACCAAUUCAGGUCAUAAAGAACCUUAGAAUAUGUGUGGAUUGUCAUGAUGUGAUAAAAAUCAUAUCAAUUGUUUAUAAAAGGGAGAUUAUUGUGCGUGAUAGAGCCAGAUUUCACAGAUUUAAAGAAGGUGUAUGUUCUUGCAGAGAUUAUUGGUAAAAUUAUAUCAGAAUGCUUAUUGUAUUUCUGUA